CCAAACUUACUUUCAGCUUCACACUUUUUACAGCUGUCGUCAAAGAGUCGGUCAGUAUGAGUGCUGGACGGGCAUCUGAGGGUGCGGGCUGCAUCACUUGGUGGGGCUUCACUCCUGCGCGCGACCUGCUGCAUAUCGGCCCUGAGAGAUGUGAAGGGGACAUCAAUGUUUUACUGGUGGGCAGUGGAGAUCCACGACAUAUUUUAAAGACUAUUGCCGGUUUGCAAGACAAACAAAGUGUCCAUAUAUGGGUGAUAGAAAACAGCAUGGAGGUGGUUGCUAGACAGCUGCUGCUCCUCUACCUGGCACUGAUUCCCCAGGACAGCAUGGGGAUUAAUGAGAAGACCGAAGUUUUCCUAGAGGUGUUUGGAAACGCAGAAAUCCGCAGUCAGACAGAGGAAGUACUGCAACGUGUAGCAUCGCAACUUUCUCUGUCUGUUACUGAAACGAUGGCAGUGCAUGGCUGUCUGAACACAACUCUCCUUAAGUUUAAGGAGCGAGACGAACUGGACAGGAUAUUUAAGUCAUGGAUCCAAACUCAGUCUUCAUCAUCAGAGCAUCCUGCUCCUGUCAUGGCCAAAGCUUGGGAUUAUCGUGUCAGGCAACACCUCGGGACACGCUAUGACUCCAAGAAGGGCUGCUUCGACUGGGAUCUUACAAUGAAGCUUCAUGAGAAAGGGUGUGGCGUCAUCAACAGACAGCAGUACAUGCGAUGGAGGGAACAGGGACUGGCAUUCGAAAUGAGGGAAGGCAUCUAUCAAAUAACCAAUCCUAGUUUGCUGUCUUCAAGAGUGUUUAGUCAGAAAGGAGACAAAGUAGCAAUCAGGGGAUACUGGGGAGACAUUGUUUCUAGUCCUUACCUGUCCUUCGGCAUUGAAACUGAUGACAAGAGUCUGCUGAAGACACAGAAUGGGCAACACAUUAAGACCGCCCAGGAUAUCUCUUUUGCAAAUUUGCAAGGAUUGUUCCAGUCCCUGUCCAGCAGACGGGGCUGCCCUACUACUUCUCAGCCAUACACAGAUGCAGAGGAGGACACAUCCAUACGGACUGUCAGUAUUAAAGACUUGAUGUAUCCAAAUGGGAUCUCUGUCACCUUCCUGCCUUUGGACUCACUUCACAAACUGCCCGAGAAACAGAAAUAUUCACAAUUCUUCAACACCAUUUACUUCUCCGCCAGCUUCGUGCACCAGUUGGGCCCGAUGAUGAGACAGAUUGCAGCACCAGACGCUGUGCUUGUCGUGGAGUUGGCCAAGUACAUUUUGGAUCUGAAUAAAGAGCAAGAAGCUGGCUUUGCAAAGAAAGUAGAGGACAUCGCUUUAGAGGCUGGAUUUGAACCUUGGCAUGAGGGGACCAGUGAUGACGUCCACGCCGUCUUCAUACAACAGAGAAAGUAGAGGUGUUUGUAUUGCACGAUAGCUGUUUACCAAGAUGCGAGAGACACUUAGCAUAGUAAAGCGUGACAACAGAGACAUUUCACAUCUUGUUUAUCAGCAGUUUACAAACCAACUAGGAGGAGCUGUCAGAUGCUUCAGAUAACAAUUCAUAUUUGUAUGGUAGCAACUAUGGAUUAAUAAUAAUAUUUCACAUCUUGUUUAAAUGAUACCAUGACAGCAGUUCAAAUAUAUUUAUAUGUGUAUUUUAAUAGCCACAAAUGUAAGUAUAAGUUGAUAUAUUCAAAUAAACCCUACAGGAAGCCAUUAUUUGAACACUGCAAAGUUGCUGGAAGCUUGUCCUGGAA